UAUGUAUUUUCAAUGUCUACAAAAUACGUAUUAGCAAUGUUUAGAAAAGGCGUAUUUUCGAUAUCCGGAAAAUAAACCCGGAAAAUAAGUAUUUUCGCCUUUCAUUCCGCAACUAAAAUGCACCUGACGUCUGGAAAAUACAUCUAAAAGACAAUAUAAUUUGCUUAGUGGGAAACUUCUUUCAUGGAGAUAAAUUUUGUCAGCUAGGGAGUAUAUUGCUUUUUGGCAUUGUCUCUCUUCCUUCAUGGGUUGAUCUGAAACUAAACAGGACAGGUAAAACAACUUCCUAUAAGAAUCGAUCAUAUUUAUUUCACCUAUCCAAUGUUUUUCGAUCAGAGCUUAUGAAGAAGAGGACAUAAAAUGAGGAAUCCACGUAGACUAUUGAGAUGUAUCCCAACUAUGAACGAUUAUCUUCCUCUCUGAUUGGAUUCCAGUCAUCUUUAGGCUGCCCGAGCUCGCUUUCGAUUUGACGAGAGGGGGUUUGAGUAAACUGAUGGGAGGGGUCUGAGGGUGGAGUAAAGAAAAAAACAAAGACAAUCCACACCAAACGCCAUCUUGAAACUGGUCACAGGAGAGGGAAACGUUGAGGAUACUGUACGCUUGGGGAAAUGCUGUACUGCCGUUCUUGUCCUUGAUACACUCAUGACUUGACAGCAGCGUGUUGUCAAAACUUAUUCGCUGUUGAUUUCAUGUGCGUUUCCCAACGACGUGUCUGAUAACAUUUUGAUUGCUCCAAAGCUGCAAUUGGAUACGAUUUUUACAGGCACUGGUUGCCAGCUUUUACGGUGUGCACAACUAGCUCGUAAAAGACAACUGACAGAACACAUUGCAAUCCAUUGGGAAGGGGAAAUACAAUGUUUCUGUUUGGAAUUGGAUUAUGCGCUAGCAUAACGUUAACCUUACAUUUUGGAAGGUGAAGACAGCGUCGCGAGGACCAAGAAAUGAGAUGUAUCAAAUAUAACGUUAGUCCACGAAAUGUGGUGUAUUUAAACGUCUUUCUUAUCUAGCUAGCUGACGUUAGAUCAUUUACGAUAUCUAGAAAACUACGUAAUUUUAAACUACCUGAAGCUAGCUAUCCAGCUAAGAUUGAGGGUUAAUUAGAUAUGUUCCAUGAUAUUGUUGCUAAUUUGACUGCUUAUCAUAUUUACCUGGUUUCGUCUAACUAGGUAAAUUAACAAGAUUGAAUGUAAAGAAAGGGAACAUUCAUGUUAAACACAGUGGAAUAGUUGCCUAGUAUUAUUGCUAGCAACUAGUGCUGUAAGGUGCUACGGAUAGUUAGACCAACCUGCAACAAGUCAGUCAUUAGCUAUGGUUUUAACCAUUUUGUAGCCUCUAGCUAGCUACACAAGUAUCACCUCUUCCAUAUUUUUGGACAUAAUUCUUCAGGACCUUCAACUGUGUAACGUAGUAGCAAGCCUCGUGGCUGGCGAGUGGGUCUUCUCAACAAACACCUGUCAACUGGGAAGUCCGUGUUAAUACCACACUAUGUUGACAAUACUAGCUUGCAAACUAGCUGGCUAGUUACAUUUUUUUUGCACAGACCCUCACAACACACAGUGGAGGAGCAAACCUUUGCAGCUGUGUGUUGUUUAUUUCCCGGAAAUAAAAGGAUUUCAAUUGGAUUGAAAAUGGGAGCCGCUAGUGAGCUGGCGUUUGCUGUUUUUCUCAUCUCGUUUUCCUCAGGUGCAAUCCUGGGUCGCUCGGAGACACAGGAGUGCGUUUAUUACAACUCUAGCUGGGAGAAGGAGCGAACCAACCGCAGUGGCAUCGAGCCUUGCUACGGAGAUAAGGACAAGAGGCUCCACUGCUUCGCCACCUGGAAAAACACCUCGGGAACCAUCGAGAUCGUCAAGCAGGGCUGCUGGCUGGACGAUGUCAACUGCUAUGACAGUGAAUGUGUGGAGACGAAAGAGAGUCCGGACGUCUUCUUCUGCUGCUGCGAAGGCAACAUGUGUAACGACAAGUUCCUCUACAGCCCCGACACGCAGGCUGUCCAAAGUAAGUCGUCAUCGACCUCCAACCCGUUUUCCCAGAAGCCUCAGCUGUUCAACACCCUGCUGUACUCUCUGGUGCCCAUUAUGGGCAUCGCCGCCAUCGUCCUCUUCUCCUUCUGGAUGUACCGUCAUCACAAGCUGGCAUACCCCCCCGUCCUGGUGCCAACACAGGACCCACUGGGGCCACACACCCCUCCCUCUCCCAUCAUGGGGCAGAAGCCAUUGCAGUUGAUUGAGAUCAAAGCCAGGGGGCGCUUCGGCUGUGUGUGGAAGGCUCAGCUCCUCAAUGACUACGUGGCUGUCAAGGUCUUCCCCAUUCAGGACAAGCUGUCAUGGCAGAACGAGUAUGAGAUCUACAGCCUGACUGGGAUGAAACACGAGAACCUGCUCCACUUUAUUGGUGUGGAGAAGAGAGGCAACAACAUGGACAUAGACCUCUGGCUCAUAACAGCCUAUCACGACAACGGCUCUCUGACUGAUUACCUGAAGGCCAACGUGGUGUCAUGGAACGAGCUGUGCCACAUCUCCCAGACCUUGGCCCGUGGCCUGGCCUAUCUCCACGAGGACAUCCCUGGGCUGAAGGAUGGACACAAGCCCGCCGUCGCACACAGGGACAUGAAGAGCAAGAAUGUGCUUCUGAAGAACAACCUGACCGCCUGCAUAGCGGACUUCGGCCUGGCCCUGAAGUUUGAAGCUGGGAAGUCAGCAGGAGACACCCACGGCCAGGUGGGCACGAGGCGCUACAUGGCCCCUGAGGUGCUGGAGGGGGCCAUCAACUUCCAGAGAGACUCCUUCCUGAGGAUAGACAUGUACGCCAUGGGGCUGGUGCUGUGGGAGCUGACCGCUCGCUGCACCGCUGCAGACGGUCCUGUGGAUGAGUACACACUGCCCUUCGAGGAGGAGGUCGGCCAGCACCCGUCUCUAGAGGACAUGCAGGAGGUGGUGGUCCACAAGAAGCUACGGCCGUGCCUCAGAGAGUGCUGGCAGAAACACAUAGGCCUGGUGAUGCUGUGUGAGACCAUCGAGGAGUGCUGGGAUCACGAGGCCGAGGCGAGGCUCUCGGCGGGCUGCGUGGAGGAACGUAUCAUCCAGAUGCAACGCCAGACCAACAUCAUCGCCCCCGAGGAGAUUGUCACCGUCGUCACAAUGGUGACCAACGUGGACUUCCCUCCCAAAGAGUCCAGCCUAUGAAUGGACGAACAUUGACUGGACGUGUCAGGUGGUGGACAUGGAGCUAUUUUGAUUGGAUGUUUUCAGGUAUACAUUGAUCAACCAGAGUGGCCCGUUCAGGAUCAUGAACUCUGGAUGAUCCCGGGUUAAACUCUGACCCCUGACCCCCUCAGAUGGGUGUGCUGGCGUGGUGUGUUUUAGUGCUGUGCGCUACACUACUGUCAUUCAGGAAAUACCUGGCUGUGCCCACCAACACUGGUUUGGUUUCUACCCACUUCAUAGUACCAUGAUGUGUUGGACUCCCAUAGCGAGCCUCAAACUGUCAAAAAUAAUCCUUCAAAAGAACACUAGGCCGUAACAAACCCUGUGAGCUGGGCAAAAGGGAUAUUUUCUAUAUGAAGAAAACACUAGGACCUCCUAACAGACUUCUGUUCUAUUUUCUAAGAAAAAGAAGAGGAAGAGUAUGGACUCUACAAGACGAACUCUCACGGCUCAGAAAAGAAAAGGGCAACUUGUUUUAAAAUUCCUUUGCUGUUUUCUUUGUGUUUAUAUGAUAAUGAUAAUGACAAUUGUAAUGCCAAUAAGAAACAGCUUCUGAAUGUCACGUGUACUGCUGCUGUACAUAAUAUCAAAACAAUGGUAAUCAAGGUUUAUUUUAGGGGGGGGGGGGAUCCAUUUCCAAGCAUUACUACUUCGAAAGCAAAACCAUAGACCUCCCUCAAGUCAACACGGUAUACCUCAGUUCCAUCUUCAUUACAACACUACAACCAUAGAAGUAGAACUACUAUUGUUUCUAGUUCUGUUAAUUAUAUUUCUAUGAUUACAACAAUCUCUCUGUAAACUAUUCAGAUGACAUCAUUACUUUGGUAUUAUUGAACUAUAUACUGUACAGCUGUGGCAGGUGAAAAUAUAAAAAUGAUCACCACAGUUUUUAAAACUAGUCUGCCAAGAGAUGUAUGACCAUGCAUUUUUACGCGAGCCGCCUUGUUUUUCUUUGCGAGAAUUCUUUUUGAGCAUCAUUUUGUCCUUCCUUGCGUGUUUUAAUUUGUUUUUAUUGUAAACAUUUUAAUCCUACAUUUUAAGAAUAGUUCAAUAACCCCCUAAGUCAUUGAAAAUUAUGUUGUUUUUUUUAAACACUUAUUUUGGCUUGCUGUGUCAACCGAGUAUUUAAUGAUGUGAGCAUGCCUUUUGGUUAUCGUUUGGUCUUCUUUUUGAACAAGCUCAGGAAGCUACUCUUCUGUCUCUCUUGACUCUCUAGUUAUUACCCAUCUUUAUCUCCCAGUCCCUAGCUACUACCCUUCUGUCUCACCCUGUCUGUAGCUACUACCCUUCUGUCUCACCCUGUCUGUAGCUACUACCCUUCUGUCUCACCCUGUCUGUAGCUACUACCCUUCUGUCUCACCCUGUCUGUAGCUACUACCCUUCUGUCUCACCCUGUCUGUAGCUACUACCCUUCUGUCUCUCCCUGUCCGUAGCUACCACCCUUCUGUCUCACCCUGUCCGUAGCUACUACCCUUCUGUCUCACCCUGUCUGUAGCUACUACCCUUCUGUCUCACCCUGUCUGUAGCUACUACCCUUCUGUCUCACCCUGUCUGUAGCUACUACCCUUCUGUCUCACCCUGUCUGUAGCUACUACCCUUCUGUCUCACCCUGUCUGUAGCUACUACCCUUCUGUCUCACCCUGUCUGUAGCUACUACCCUUCUGUCUCACCCUGUCUGUAGCUACUACCCUUCUGUCUCUCCCUGUCCGUAGCUACUACCCUUCUGUCUCACCCUGUCCGUAGCUACUACCCUUCUGUCUCACCCUGUCUGUAGCUACUACCCUUCUGUCUCACCUGUCUGUAGCUACUACCCUUCUGUCUCACCCUGUCUGUAGCUACUACCCUUCUGUCUCACCCUGUCUGUAGCUACUACCCUUCUGUCUCACCCUGUCUGUAGCUACUACCCUUCUGUCUCACCCUGUCUGUAGCUACUACCCUUCUGUCUCACCCUGUCCCUAGCUACUACCCUUCUGUCUCACCCUGUCUGUAGCUACUAUCCUUCUGUCUCACCCUGUCCGUAGCUACUACCCUUAUGUCUCUCCCGAGUCCCUAGCUACUACCCUUCUCGCUCUCACAGUUCCUAGCUACUAACCUUCUGUCUCUCCAGUCCCUAACUACUACCCUUCUGUCUCUCCCUGUCUGUAGCUACUACCCUUCUGUCUCUCCCUGUCUGUAGCUACUACCCUUCUGUCUCUCCCUGUCCGUAGCUACUACCCUUCUGUCUCACCCUGUCCGUAGCUACUACCCUUCUGUCUCACCCUGUCUGUAGCUACUACCCUUCUGUCUCACCCUGUCUGUAGCUACUAACCUUCUGUCUCACCCUGUCCGUAGCUACUACCCUUCUGUCUCACCCUGUCUGUAGCUACUACCCUUCUGUCUCACCCUGUCCGUAGCUACUACCCUUCUGUCUCACCCUGUCUGUAGCUACUACCCUUCUGUCUCACCCUGUCUGUAGCUACUACCCUUCUGUCUCACCCUGUCUGUAGCUACUACCCUUCUGUCUCACACUGUCCGUAGCUACUACCCUUAUGUCUCUCCCGAGUCCCUAGCUACUACCCUUCUCGCUCUCACAGUUCCUAGCUACUAACCUUCUGUCUCUCCAGUCCCUAACUACUACCCUUCUGCUUUGAGACGCCGGUGACCCAUCUCUUCCUGGUGUCAUCUCAACCAUAGCGUUAAAACAUCUCAACUUCUAGCCUCUAUCAUCUCAACUCGGUUGAGCCUUUAAUCAGUGUGACAACGUUACUACUGUAGACCCACCCUGGGCAAAACUAGGAUGUCUCUCGUCGUCCUUCCGGAAUUUGAUUUGUGAAUGUGUUCCAUUUCUAGCUUGUUGUAUGAACUCAGAUUUGUCUUCUGGGUGACAUUGACACGGAUGAUGAUGCGUUCAUCUUUGCAUUCUCUCUCUUCACACCUAGUCCGUGUUUAAACUGGAACUACAACAACGUUCAGGGAUUCAAUACUAUGCUUUUCAGUAAUUACUACAGUAUAUGCAACUCGUGCAGAAUGGUGCAAGUGCGUGCGUACUUGCAUUGCUGCAGGAGCGACUUUCACACCACUGUAGCAUUUUUUUAAACAGUUAAUCUUGUCUGUUGAUCUUUUCAUUAUUUGCAGACCUGAGCUUUUGAGUAUUAGACAGAGAGCAGGUGGGCAGGUGCCAAAUCAAACUAUUACUUUACCUCUUAUCUGAAAGACAGUGGAACGGACUUAGGGAAGGCCCAACUGCAUUACUAGAUUGUGUCUGUACUCUCGGGGUAAAGGCUGCAGUUGGCCAGUGGUCUCGCAGCGGAUGUAGGCUCUAUCACAAUUUGUCUUUCCUUGGUUCCUCACAUCCUGUCUCCUUGCCUAAUAUGGUUGAGGAGGAGGAGAGGGGAUGUGAGGAUUCAAGGACAUUUUAAUUGAGAAAGCUGUCGAAUGGUGGUCGUUACUGUGAACCCCCCCCUCCCCCUCCCUCCCUACACACUGGAACCCUGUAGCGCUCAGCAAUACAACUAGCAAGCAAAUGGCAUUAGAGGAAGAGUGGAAGGGGCACGAGUUUCCAAGCAGUUAGCGGUGAACCAACAAUCAGAUAUACAAUCACUACAGUACUACUGCAUUAUUUUGAUUGUCGUAUGUGCUUUUGAGAAAAAAUAAAUAUGUAGCCACGAUGUGAUCCUCUGAUUUCUGGUAUUUUGAGGGUAUCAUUUUGUGUACCUGAUUUUUAUUUUUCAACCACAGCUACUUGUACAGAGCUGAUUUCACUGUACAGACGUUUUAAAACCCCAAACCACACUACAAUCUUCUUAGUUGAUCAGACCUUGGCCUUCUUGUGAGAGGUGAUUUUCUUUCAGAUAAACUUCAGAAAGCCCAAAUAACAUUUGACUUCAGAUUUGACUGGAAUAUUGAAAUGCACAUUAUGUAAAUAUAUAUGUCAUUUUUAGAUCGUAGAGGAUGGAUAUAGCAUGAGGUUGUUUCUAUUGUUUUUAGAAUAUAUCACAAAGAAGCAAAAAAAUCCCUGAUGAAUGAAUUAUUCCAUAAUAAGAUUUGACCUGUUUAUUUUGUAUGUCUAUGUUUUUAAAUUGUUUCAAUUAAUGACCAAAACGGUCACUCUUCCUUCCCCAGAUGAGACUCAUUUCUUUCUAAGGUGGUCUGAUGAAAAUUCCCUCAAAUGAAACCCUGAAUCAAUAGUUUUACCAUUUUCACACUACUGAGGUGAGCCAAACUAAGCCGGACCGAGUCGGACUGGGGUGGCCUGGUUAAGCAUCCACCAUAGUUGCUGAAAAUGACAAUGUGAUCGGAAAAUAUCAGAGCCAGCAAAUGAUGGUUUGGGUUGGCUCAGUAGUGUGAAACCGGUCAUUGUUUUACCUCAGACAUCCUAGCUCAGACCCCAGAUGUUACUCUACAGCAUUGAGAUACCAUUGCUACAAUAUUCCAGCAGUGUUGCAAGAAUGUUAUCCCUUGUAUGUGACCAGCAGACAGUGUUUUCUGUAACACACUUCCUCUCAAAACAACACUAAAGCUAAACCUAGGUUCGCUUCAGUUCUUUAUUUGCUGAUAGUCAAAACAGUGUGACUUGGCACAAAUGACUGUUCAAUUGGCUAGUGGACUUGCCAAUAAUUUUUAUGCUUUGCAAGUUAUUUAACAAACUUUUCAGAUGCCUGGUUGGAAGUGGAUGUUAAAUAUUGUACAGAGAAAUUGUAUGCUAUUGUCCCUAAAAUAAAGUAUAGUGACUGCUCA